AUGCAUGGUGCUUUUGUGAUACGCCCCAAAGAUCGUGCCCUACUCGCCAUGCGCUCAAAGGCAUCGUCAGCUACAGCCUAUACGACAUCGCACUGGAGCUGGGGUACGCUGUUGCCGCCGCAUCUGCGCAGGAUCUUUGGGGCGCCCGUCAAAAUUCAACACCCCGAUUUCUCGCCCCUUUCUUUCUGCCAGAAGGCCUACCCCAGCCCUAAAAAACCUGUUUAUGAUACACGUUCGCUUCUCGCUUCCGCAAUAUCUCUGGCAGGCGACGCAUCGAACAGAAAUGUCGAGGCGGCCAAAGUCCGCCCACUUAUCCAGUUGAAGUCGCAGUUGGUGUCACAACGGAACGUCAAAGAAACGUCAACGACGAGGGAACGGCGAGUAAGACACUUCUUCGUACAGAAUAUGACAAAACGGAUGAAGAGACAGGCUGUGAUAAGCGCAUGUGACUUCCGCGUGCUGUACGAACGCUCGGUGCCUGACUUGUAUGGGCCGUCCGUCGACAACCCAGUAAGAUUGAAUGAGGUCGUCGUUCCUGCUCCCGCCUGUUGGCGGCCUGUACUAACUUGGUGCGCGGGACGCAUUAAGACGCCUUAA